GAUGAAAAAUUUCAAUGUGAUGUUUGCAAUAAGUUUUUCUCAAGUAAGUGCAACCUGAACACUCAUAACAAAAUUCAUUCUGGAGUGAAACCAUACAAAUGCGACACAUGCUGCAAAUCGUUCACUCAUUCUCAUCAUUUAAAUGCCCACAUUAGGACCCAUACUGGAGAAAAACCAUAUAAAUGUAAUAUCUGCGGUCGAUUGUUUGCUCAGUUGAAUAUUUUAAUUGUUCACGAGAGGACGCAUUCGGGGGAGAGAACAUAUAAAUGCGAUGUCUGUGAUAAUUCGUUUACAACAUCUUCUAGUUUGAAUAGACACACGAGGGUACAUACCGGUGAAAAG